AUGACCGACGCCGGAGGAACGCGCCGGGGCGAGCGUACACGCACCCGCUUGCUCGACGCUGCUGAAAGUCUCUUUGCUGAAAAGGGCUUUCAUGGCGUCACCGUACGCGCCAUCGCCCGCCAGGCGGAUAGCGACCCCGCGCUCGUCGCCUAUUAUUUCGGCGGCAAGCGCGAGCUGUUUGACGCUGUCCUGCUGCGUCGGGCGGAAGAGCUCAAUGAGAUUCGCUUGGCCGAACUGGCCGCCUGCGAAGCCAAUGCCGGUCCCGAAGGCCCGACGCUGGAAGCGAUCAUUCACGCCUUCACCCAUCCCCUGCUGGAUCGCAGCGCCAAUGGCGGCCCCGGAUGGAAAAGCUAUUUCGCCCUGGUCGGUCAGGUCACCAACUCUCCCGAAUGGGGCGUUGCGAUCAUGUCCAAAUACUUUGACCCGAUCGUAAGGCGCUUUCUUGAUGCGGUGCGCCGCGCCCUGCCCGAUGCGCCCGAAGAGGAAUUGUUCUGGAGUUAUCACUUCCUGUCCGGCGCGCUGGUGCUGACCUUUGCAGACACCGGACGGAUCGAUGCGCUGUCCGGCGGGCUGUGCAAAUCCAGUGAUCUGGAAGCCGUCACGGAGCGCAUGCCAGAAUUCCUCGCGGCCGGCUUCAAGCGCAUGGCGCAACGCCAGUCCAGCAAGACCCAAGCGACAGAGACUCACUUCUACACCGCCCCUGACGGCAUACGCACCUAUUACCGGCGCUAUCCCGCCCAGGGCGACAGCGGCAAGACGCCGGUCCUGUGCCUGCACGGGCUGACUCGCAACAGCCGCGAUUUUGAAGAUCUCGCCCCGAUUGUCGCCGAAUCAGGACGCAGCGUGAUCGCACUUGAUGUGCGAGGGCGUGGCCGGUCUGACUAUGACAGCCAGAUCGAGAACUAUAAUCCCGCAAAAUACGUCGAGGACGUCAUCGGCGUUCUGGACGAGCUGGGCUGGAGUCAGGUCAUCUCCAUCGGGACUUCGAUGGGCGGACUGAUGACGAUGAUUCUCUCCACCCUGCGUCCGAAACUUCUGACCGGCGUCGUCAUGAACGAUAUCGGCCCUGAACUUGAUCCUGCCGGUCUCAAACGCAUCCAGGGUUAUGUGGGCGGCGCGGGCAAAUUCGCCAACUGGGAUGAAGCGGGUGAGGCCCUGCGCGCGAUCAAUGGCGUGGCCUUCCCCAGAGAGACCGGCGCGGACUUCUGGAUCGCCUUCGCCAAGCGCACCUGCCGGGCACUGGACACCGGCGAAAUCGUUCUCGACUACGACGCGAACAUCUCAAAACCGGUCAAGGAUGGCGAUGUGGCGCCGCCGGACCUCUGGCCCUUCUUUGAAGGCCUAGAAGGCAUCCCCCUGCUCCUGGUCAGAGGCGCGAUCAGCGACCUUCUGGCGAUGGACUGCGUUGAAGAAAUGUCACGCCGCCAUGGCGAUAUGGAGCUGGCGCAAGUACCCGAUGUGGGGCAUGCGCCCUUGCUGACCGAGCCUGAAGCGCUGGAACCGAUCAAGGCUUUCCUGAACCGUCUCGACUGA